AUGAAGAUUCAGCAGAGUAUCAUCACCUUGGUUGUGGCUUUUGCCAUGGUCAGUUCAGCUCUUGGUGAAGCCAUGCCUAAAGGCUCUCACACACCAGUGCACAUUUUACACCACAAAAUCCCCAAUCCUCAACGCUUUCUAAAAAAGGGUGAAGGAAAGAAGCCAAAGAGCCCGACGAAGAACAGCAAAUACUAUAAGAGCCGAAAGAACUGCAAGCAUUUCAAAAAAUCGUGGGGUAAGAAACCCGGUUACAAAAAAGCAUAUGAAGCAUGUGUAAAACUUGAAGACAAGGGUUAUAACCACUGCCAUGAAAAGCAUGGGUCACCAAAGAAGAAUGCCGUCAUCAAGGCCCAACUGGAAAAAUGCUAUCAUGACUGGGAUGACAGCACACAACCAAGUAGUGGCCCAAGUCAGGCUCCAAGUGCCAGUCCUUCUCAGUCUCCUAGUGGAAACCCAAGCCAGAGCCCCAGUGCCCAGCCUAGCAGCAGCCCUAGUGUCAGCCCUUCUGGAUCUCCCAGUGCCCAGCCUAGUAGCAGCCCCAGCCAGAACCCAAGUGCCAGAGCUUCACAGUCUCCUAGUGGAAACCCAAGCCAGAGCCCUAGUGCCCAGCCUAGCAACAGUCCUAGUGUCAGCCCUUCUGGAUCUCCCAGUGUCCAGCCUAGUAGAGGUCCCAGCCAGAACCCAAGUGCCAGACCUUCCCAGUCUCCUAGUGGAAACCCAAGCCAGAGCCCCAGUGCCCAGCCUAGCAACAGCCCUUCUGCAUCUCCAAGUACCGUACCUAGGAGCAACCCAAGUACCAGUCCUUCUCAAUCCCCCAGCAAGGGGCCCACUGGUAAAACAAAGGCUCCAACUGGUUCUCUUUCAGCUUCCCCCAGUGCAGUCCCCAGCCGCGGCCCAAGUCAGAGCCCAAGCACCAGUCCAUCCCAGUCUCCUAGCGGCCAGCCAAGCACAAACCCUUCGCAGUCGCCCAGUACUCAACCCAGCAGUAGCCCAAGUCAGAGCCCAAGCUCAAACCCUUCAAAAUCCCCCAGCCAGUCUCCCACAGAUAAAACCAAUGCCCCAACCUCUUCUCCUUCUGCUGCUCCCAGUACAAAUCCCAGUGCUGCUCCAUCCCCAACUCCCAAGCUUCGAACAAUGACUACACCACCAACUGGUCCCAAAAAGGGCACUCUGCCCACUUCUCCUCCCACAUUUGGUCGCGGUGACCCUCAUUUUCGCACCUGGGAAGGAGGAAGCUAUGAUUACCAUGGAGGCUGUGAUCUUGUUUUCUUGAACAAUCCUGAUUUCAACCAAGGACAAGGCAUGACCAUCCAUAUUCGUACCAAGAUCACAACAUGGUGGUCUGCCAUUGAGAGUGUGGCAGUGAAGAUUGGUGAUGAUGUCUUGGAGGUCACAGCUGUGGAUGAUGACUCCUCUGGUUGGUUCUGGAUCAAUGGCCAGCAAAACAAAGAUCCUUUGCACAUGGGCCAAUGGGUGGAUCACCACAAGCUAUCUGGAUUUGGAGUUCGUCUGCGCCAGACCAACAAGGCCAAGAGGAAUGUGAACAUCUACCUUGGUCAUGGGGAUGUAAUUUCCAUCAAGACAUACAAUGACAUUUUGAAUGUGGAUAUCAACCACAAGGUUGAAGCAAACUACAUGGGUGCUACAGGUCUCCUGGGUCGGUUCCCAGAUGGAGCUCACGUAGCCCGUGACGGAACAACUGUGAUUGAGCCAGUCAAUGAUUUUGGGCAAGAGUGGCAAGUGAAGGAGGAUGAAGUGCACCUGUUCCAUGCUGCUGAAGGUCCCCAGGCUCCUCAGCAAUGCCAACUGCCUAAUGUCAGCAAGCAACAGUCACAACGUCUUCGCCGUCGUCUUGCUGAGGGAAAGGUAUCCAUGACAGCUGCCAAGAAUGCAUGCAAGUCUUUGGUGGAUGAAACUGAAUACAAGGAUUGUGUAGAUGAUGUGAUGGUGACCCAGGACUUGGGAACUGCCGAGAUCUGGGUGAACUGA